AAUAAUAAUUACAACGCCGGCCCAUAGGGCCUGGCAUGGAUUAACGGGGCAAGGUGACUAGGGCGAGAGGGCCCGCCCCUCUCACGCUGACGCCUCACCACGAAAGAGUCACAACCUCCGAAACUACAACCUCCAAGUCCUAGGCCGCUCUUCAAAGUCCACUACAUCCGAGCCUGCACACCUAGCAUAUCGAGCUAGGGAAACGCCGCGUUAUAGUAGUGGAGCACUGCCAGUUCGUGCAAACCGAAGAGCCAUGGCGCUCCUCCUCGAGCCUUGGAUCUUGAGCCUUGUCUUGAACCUUGGACCUCGCCACUAAAUCGGACUUCUGCACCACGACCUUUCUAGGUUGCAGCGGGCUUAAGCCCGCAAUUGCCACUGAGGGCAAUUACCUAUCAUUCGUGGGAUCACCAAUCGGUUUCGCACCAAUCUUUCGCCUUUUGCAUAAUUGGGCUUUUAUCCGGAUUUGUACCCGGGUCCCUUCUGCCGUAAGGACGAGUCAAAUCGCUAACUGAGUUAGUGAUCCGGUGAUCCCACGCAACAGGCACUGGCGCCCCUUUGGCCCAGCCAGUGGGUGAAGUGGAGCGGCAGCAAGGCCAAGUACCCACCCAAGUCCUUCUCGUACUGCUACGCACCAGCAACCAACCAGAUCGGUGUCCUCAUGUCCGCCCUGAACACCAAGGCGGAGCCAGACUGGGUGGACGGCACGCGUCGCCUGUCUUGGAGCCGGUACCUGCCCACGAAGGUCGUGUUCCUGGGGUCCCACCACCAGUGGCCGAGCGACGCUGCUUUGGGCAACAUCAUCAUGGUGAACCGGGAGAGCCUCAUGCAGAGCCGUGUACUCAUGCGUGACCUUGUUGGCAGCAACGGUGAGCGGAAACUGGGCGCCAUGGUCUGGCUGGCGCGGAGCUUUGGGUGGCUAGCAGGGCGCUCCCUGGCCGACUUUGGCGUGGAGGCAUCGGCCAGCACUUGGGCUCCCGCGACCAUGCCAUGGCGCACCUGGCUGAUUAAAAGGGAGCUGGAAUGGGUCACGGAGGAGGAGGAGGAGGAGGAGGAGGAGGAGGAGGAGGAGGAGGAGGAGGAGGAGGAGGAGGUGGAGGAGGAGAAGGAGGUGGCGGGGGAGGAGGAGCAAGGGGGGGUGGGACGCGGGCGUGGGCGUGGGCGCGGGCGUGGGCGCGGGCAAGGGCGUGGAAGGAAGCAGGCUCGGCAAUGUUAAACAGGUGGUAGGUACUCGGCACAGGAAAAAUCACGACGC